GCAUCUCGGCUUCCAUCAUCAUCAACAACUGAAGCGAAUCGUUCUCGUUUUGAUCCAUCCCAUAGAGAUAACGCGUAAAACUCACAUUUCGGUCCAAAGAAGAGCCAAAAAAAAAAGAAAUAUCUCAUCAUCCUCCCUGCCUUUUCACUUUCUCAUGUCCAACACGAUCCAGCCUUCCGCGGCUAUGCAACCCAUGGCACAAGACACAAAGCUUCAUUAUUCACCCAUGGAUCUGUGCGACUCAUCACAAGCCCACCCGCACGGGAUUCAUUCACAAUGGAUCCCUACCACGCCUUUACCUUCACACAAAGAGGUGAAAGCCGAGCCCGUGAAAGCCGAGCCCUUUUCUGAAGAUGACCUCUCAAAUCCUGUGCCGGCAAACCCCACGUUGCUGCUGCCACAGCUGCUUCGACAUUUUCCCGAUUUAUCAGAGUUCAUUUUCCACCCUUACUUUUCCACCUUUUCGCGCUACUGGUUAGACCUCCAACACAACAUCUUGCUGGCCAAGGAUCCUCAAGCCCGUCCCGCCGUUCAAGCCUGGCUUCGUACCGCGGCGGCUCAGUUGUACCAAAUGAUGAUUAGAACGGUGCAGUACAGCCGCAAGCAAGCUACCAAAGACGAUGUCGAAGCUCAAUCGCGUCGCAUGUUUUCCGCCUUUCGCCGACUCCGAGAUCGUACCGAGAUCAUGCAACAACUGUUCACCAUCAUGGAGAACGGCCGCGUCUUCUUUGGUCAGGACCCUGAAACCGCCAUUCAGCCAUUGGUUUCCGCUUUAGUAGCUGCACGCAAAGACAAUAGCACCCCAGUCAGUUUCACAAACCUGUACGCGAUUCAGCCGUCCUCGGAUUAUUCGGUGGAUCCCGCAGUCUCCCUUCGCAGCUUGUCCUCCUCCUCUUCCUGCACCGAUUCCACGUUUGACAGGCAGGACAUCAAGCUAGAGUCUGCGGCUUCUACCUAUGAUGACUCGCACUCUUCUUCUGACAUGGUGACUUCGCCUAUUCCCGUCUAUGGUCCCACCGAUGUGAAACCACUGUCCAUCAAUCUGCGUCAGGCUCCGUCCAAUGUCGAUCCGGCUUUGGCUUCUCGUACCGUACCAUCGGAGGCUUCCCUUCUUUCCUGGAGCCAGUCUUCCACUCCGUCCGACCCGGCGUCUUACAGCAUGCACCUCACCUUGAGCCCUCCAUCGUCACUUCUUGGUAUGCCUGAACCAAAUAUGUCCCAUCAUCGAGGACAUCAUGGCAGUUAUUAUUCAUCGCCGUCAUUUCAUUCCAACCAAGGCUCGUUACGGGAUCUUCCUUUUACUUGGCAUGGUCCCCGCUGUUGCACGAUGCCGUAUCCCGACAAGACCUCUCAGUGUCCAUCGUGUGCUGCUACGCAGCCACCGUUCCCGUUGCCGAAUGCUGGCUCUCACACGUUUGUCCAACCUACCGACCUGGUACAGCACAGUGCGGUGUGGUCGGUUCCUGUCACGCCGUUAGAUCGUCCUUAUCCGUCCAAUUUUUGGUCCUGUCCCGCGAGUCCGGGCGGUUACGAACCACCGCAUUACUGCAAGCUCGAAAGUGGCCAGCCUUUGUCCAAAGAAGAGGAAGAUGGCAACGACGAUGGUAUUAUGGCCCCACCACCGAGUGUCAUUGACGAUGACCAAGGCCGCGAAGGGACCGCUGAACUCACACUGCACGAUGAUCAGCGUGACGAAGAUUAUCAGCAACCAGACUACGGUGAUGAAGACGAAGACGACAAUGAAAGCGACGAUAAAGACGGCGACUUUGAAGCUUUCUUGGACGAAGAAGACGAUGAUGCGUUGUGGCGGACAAAGAAAGCCCCUCGUCGUCGGAAAAAAGCAAGCGUCGACGGCGGCCGAUCCCAUGGCAGGACACCGGCGGACAAGAAGUAUCCCGGCGAUUCCGGCCGAGGGCGCCAUUUUUCACGACGCACGGCCACAUCUUACGAUGCGCAAACCACGCACUACCUGAAAUCGGUGUUUUUCAACAUUUACAGUAAACGUGACAAGCUCACCAAGGAACAGCGUCGCCAAGUGCAAGAACGCACCGGAUUAAAGCCCCGCAAUAUCACCUAUUGGUUCUCCAAUCACAAACGGCGGUUUCAAACCUCGCUUCUCGUCUUCAAACAAACCGUUCGCAUCAGUGGCGGCCGCGUAAAAACAUACGACGAUUUUCUCCGUUGGCGACAACACCGUGGAUUGCCCGAAGAAGUUAUGGACGACGAAGUUCUCCCCCAGUAAAUAGUUCCAUCCUCUUGUUCAUGAUAUAAAAACAAAAAGAAUGCAUUGAUCUGCAUAACUGUGUAGCAACUCUUGAAAAAAAAAAAAUGAUGCAAUAAUAACCCAAUUUUGACAUGCUUCCAAAGUUCUUUUCUUCAUUCUGUUCUGAUCAAAAGC